GUUCUACCACAACAAUCGGCAGCGAGGGACUUCGCAGACAAGGCCAUUUUCAUUUAUUCAUUUCUCUCUCUCUCGCUCCCUUUCUUUGCAAAUUCUCUCAUUUUUCCUCCAUGGCUCUCCCCGAUUCUUCUCGUCAAUCCCUAAUCCCUACCUCCCUCUACUCCUCUUCCUCUGCCAAGACCCCCUCUCUCUCCAAGCUUCUCCACUCUAACUCCACCCUCCCUUCCUCUUCCCCUUCGCCGUCACUCAUGAGGAAGACCGGCGGCUUCGUGAUCCCUGCUCCCAGCGAGCCUGGCAAGAUCGCGAUGUAUUCUCCGGCUUUCUACGCUGCUUGUACUGCUGGAGGUAUUCUCAGCUGUGGACUUACUCACAUGGCCGUCACUCCUCUUGACCUUGUCAAGUGUAAUAUGCAGAUUGAUCCUGCAAAGUACAAAAGCAUCUCAUCUGGAUUUGGAGUUCUGCUCAAGGAGCAGGGUGUGAGAGGCUUCUUCAGGGGUUGGGUGCCCACCCUCCUUGGUUAUAGUGCUCAGGGUGCUUGCAAAUUUGGAUUCUAUGAGUUCUUUAAGAAAUAUUAUUCUGACAUUGCGGGGCCAGAGUAUGCAGCCAAGUACAAGACCUUGAUUUACCUUGCGGGUUCUGCUUCUGCUGAGGUGAUUGCUGAUAUAGCUCUUUGUCCCUUUGAGGCAGUAAAGGUUCGAGUUCAAACUCAGCCUGGUUUUGCUAGAGGCUUAGGAGAUGGACUUCCCAAAUUUGUCAAAUCUGAAGGAGCUUUAGGGUUGUACAAAGGUCUUGUUCCUCUUUGGGGUCGUCAGAUUCCAUAUACAAUGAUGAAGUUUGCAUCUUUUGAAACCAUAGUUGAGCUUAUCUACAAGCAUGCUAUCCCCACACCAAAGGACCAGUGCAGCAAAUCCCUACAGCUUGGCAUUAGUUUUGCUGGUGGAUAUGUAGCUGGUGUUUUCUGUGCAAUUGUAUCUCAUCCUGCUGAUAAUCUCGUCUCUUUCCUCAACAAUGCCAAAGGUGCAACUGUUGGUGAUGCUGUGAAGAAGUUAGGUUUAUGGGGUCUGUUUACCCGGGGGCUUCCUCUCCGUAUUGUCAUGAUUGGGACUCUUACUGGAGCCCAGUGGGGUAUCUAUGAUGCAUUCAAAGUUUUUGUUGGACUGCCAACCACUGGUGGUGCUGCUCCUGCUGCUGCCCCUGCUGUUGCUGCAGACCUUGCAAAGGUGUAGUUUUGCAAAUCAGCGGAUAUGUUUUGUGUUGUUCUGUGGAAUCUGGGAAAACAAUAGGGGUAAUAAACGUAGGACAGCUAGUGGAUAUCAUUCUUUUCACAUUCAGAAGUUUCAUCAAUUUUUGUCGGCUUGACUAAUUUUCGUUCCUGGAAGGAUGGUUUUGAUUUGAUCCUUCUAUCAUGAAAAUGUUUAUUAGUUAGAUCAUACAUGAAAUUUUAUUUUGAUGUUAGGAUCACAAUAUCCCCUGUCAAGACAACCAAAAAUAACGGGCAGAUAGGGGGAUAUAAUUUGUCCUGUCCACUUCUCUUGGAAUGAUUUUGAUUAUAUGAGAAUAUAUACAUGUUAUCCAUGCGAA